AUGGCAGGUCGCCGGUGGGCCGCGACGUCAGCCCUCUGCAUGUGCGUGGCCGCCGUCUCUCUCCUGCACACCGGCGGGGUGCGGGCAGACUGCUGGCUCAUUGAGGGGGACAAGGGCUUUGUCUGGUUGGCCAUCUGCAGCCAAAACCAGCCCCCCUACGAGUCUAUCCCCCAGCAAAUCAACAGCACCAUUGUGGACUUGCGGCUGAAUGACAACAAGAUCAAGAGCGUGCAGUACGCCUCCCUCAGCCGCUUCGGCAACCUGACAUACCUCAACCUGACGAAGAACGAGAUCUCCUACAUCGAGGAUGGUGCCUUUUCAGGACAGUUCAACCUCCAGGUGCUGCAGCUGGGUUACAACCGACUGAGGAACCUCACUGAGGGCAUCCUCCGAGGCCUGGGGAAGCUGGAGUACCUCUAUCUCCAGGCCAACCUCAUUGAGUCCGUCACCCCCAAUGCCUUCUGGGAGUGCCCCAACAUAGUGAACAUUGACCUGUCCAUGAACAGGAUCCAGAGACUUGACAGCAACACUUUUCGGGGCCUAAACAAGCUCUCUGUCUGUGAACUCUACAGUAACCCCUUCUACUGCUCCUGCGAGCUCCUUGGCUUCCUGCAAUGGCUGGAGGCUUUCACCAACAUGACACGCACGUAUGACCGGAUGCAGUGCGACUCCCCACCCGACUACACGGGUUACUACUUGUUAGGCCAAGGCCGGACUGGCUAUCGCAAUGCUCUGAGCAUGCUCUCUUCCCUUUGCACCGGUGGCUCCUACACUGUGAUCCCUCGUUUUAUCCCUCCCAGGUACCAGGUGACCACGGCACCCUCCGAAAGCCCCUGCUCCGAGGAGGAGUGCUCCUCCGGUGACGGCACGACCCCGCAGUUCUCCCUGUUCACACCCAUCAGUGAAACAGAGGUGCGCCCCAACAUCCAGGUGAAACACCUCAACCACAACUCAGCCGUCCUCACCGUGCAGAUCCCCUACCCCUUCAGCAAGAUGUACAUCCUCUCACAGUUUGAAAACGGCUUCUCCUCCAUGAUCACCAAGCUCAGGAAGAAGGAGGAGAACAUCACCGUGAGCAACCUAGUAGCACAAAGAGAUUACACCUACUGUGUAGUCUCUGUCCACCAAUACUCCAAGUACAACCACACCUGCGUCACCAUCACACCCACCAGACCCAACCGCAAGGAGCCGGUGCCCACCCCUUCCACUGCUACUCAUUAUAUCAUGACAAUCCUGGGCUGUCUCUUUGGCAUGGUGAUUGUCCUGGGCGUUGUGUAUUACUGUCUCCGGAAGAGGCGCCAGCAGGAGGAGAAGCACAAAAAGGCUGCCGGCAGCAUGAAGAAGACCAUCAUUGAGCUGAAAUAUGGGCCAGAAAUGGAGACCACCAGCAUCACCCAGCUGUCCCAGGGACAGAUGCUGGGCGGGGAGACGGUGACCCGCAUCCCCUACCUGCCUUCUGCUGGCGAGGUCGAGCAGUACAAGCUGAUUGACAGCAGUGAGACCCCCAAGGCCACCAAGGGCAACUACAUGGAGGUGAGGACAGGUGAGCAGCCUGAGAGGCGAGACUGUGAGCUGUCCCUGCCGCCGGAUACCCAGAGCUCUGUGGCUGAGAUCUCCACCAUUGCCAAGGAGGUGGACAAAGUGAACCAGAUCAUCAACAACUGCAUUGAUGCCUUGAAAUCUGAGUCCACCUCCUUCCAAGGGGUGAAAUCGGGGGCAGUCUCCACAGUGGAGCCUCAGCUGGUGCUCUUAUCAGAGCAAAUCCCCAGCAAGCAUGGAUUCCUCUCCCCAGUCUACAAGGAAAGCUACAACCACCCUCUCCAGCGACACCACAGCAUGGAGGCGGCCCCCAAACGCUCCAGCACCUCUUCCAGUGGCUCCAUACGGAGCCCCAGGUCCUACCGCUCCGAGGGAUCGGGCCACAAAUCAGAAGCCAAAUACAUUGAGAAGACGUCUCCCACCACUGACACCAUCCUCACUGUGACACCAGCCGCAGCCAUCCUGCGGGCAGAGGCAGAGAAGAUACGUCAGUACAGUGAACACCGGCACUCAUACCCUGGCUCGCAUCAAGGGGAGCAGCAUGACAGCAUGGUGGGGCGAAAGCCCUCCAUCCUGGAGCCUCUGACCCGUCCUCGCCCCAGAGACCUGGCCUAUUCCCAGCUCUCGCCUCAAUAUCACAACCUGAGCUACACCUCCAGCCCAGAGUACACCUGCAAACCAUCGCACAGCAUCUGGGAGCGCUUCAAACUCAACCGCAAGCGGCACAAAGACGAGGAGGAGUAUAUGGCAGCCGGCCAUGCCCUACGCAAAAAGGUCCAGUUUGCCAAAGACGAGGAUCUUCACGACAUCUUAGACUACUGGAAGGGCGUCUCUGCCCAGCAAAAGUCCUGA